AUGGGUGGAAGCUUUUCCUUUAAAGAAUCUAGGUCUAAAACCGUUGCGGAAACGUUUUUUAGUCAGAUCAUUUCUAGGCACGGAGAUCCUUUAGAGGUUCACACCGAUCAAGGGAGGAACUUCGAAUCGAAGAUUUUCCGUGAACUUUCAAACAUGUUAGGAAUCAAGAAAACAAGAACAACUACUCUUCAUCCACAAUCGGAUGGACAGAUAGAAUGUCAACAUCGAACGAUUCUAGACUAUUUGGCGAAAUUUGUCUCUGAAAAUCAAAAAGACUGGGGUUGGUGGAUCCCACUUUUCCUGUUGGCAUAUAGAACUUCUAAGCACGAGGCGACCGGACUAACUCCGACGGAACUUUAUCUUACUCAAGAUCUUAGGUUGCCGAUAGAUUUAUUACGCGGAAAUCCACCUAAGGUCCCGGAAGAGAAUUCUUUUGUGGGCUAUUUAGGUAAAGUUAAAAAGAAACUGGAGGACUUACACGAGGGAGUGAGGAAGAAGGUGGACAUUAAAUCUUCUUUAACUAAGACCUGGUAUGAUCAAAAAGCUAGGCAGAUCCAUUUUGAAGAGGGACAGCAAGUUUGGUUUUAUAAUCCUCGUAGAACGAAAAGGAAAGCUCCUAAAUUACAAUGUAAUUGGGAGGGCCCUUAUCAUGUUGUUAAGAAACUCGGUGAUGUGUAUUGUAUUCGCAAGUCGAACCAACGUAAAAAUAAAAUUGUACAUACUGAUAGACUGGCACCUUAUUUGGAGAGACAUUUAAUGUAG